AACGAUGAUGAUGAUGAUAUAUAUAUAUAUAGAUAGAUAUAUAGAUAGAUAGACAGACAGACAGACAGACAGACAUGCAUACACAUAUUCAUGUACUGGACAGGAAGGGCACCCUGUCCUAACAAAUCUGCCUCAACGAAUUCCAUUUAUCCCAUGCAAAUAUGGAAAUGUAGACAUCAAAAUAAUGAUGAUGUUAUCAGUUCAUCAUUUGUUAUUGUCAUCAGCUAAUUUUCAUGUCUAAGAAUAUAUUCCUGGCUGAAUGGUUCCUUCAGAUUGAUGGUAUCAAUGUCUGAGAUGGACAAUCCUCUCAUUAUGCAGGAUUAGACCCCUCAGAUCAAUAAUAAUGUUUGUGUGUUUCAAAGAUAUUUUGUCAAUUUUUAAUUAAAAUUUAUUCUUUACUUCUUAGGGAAACAAGAUGAAGAAGAGAAACAAGAUGAAGAAGAGAAACAAGAGAAAAUACAUUCUACCAAAACAAUUCCCAUCAUGGGAACAGUUAUUGGCAUCUUAUUUUUGAUAAUCAUCAUUUUCAGUAUCAGAUGUAUGAUGCUCAGAAAUAGAAGAAGCAGAAGUAAUGCAUCACCACUUCAAGAUGUGGAUGAAGAUAACUGUAUUCCUAUGCAAAAUAGUACUCCAGUUCAUAUCAGUGAACCCAGUCGAAGAUUACCAUCUUCACAGCCUAACUCUCUAGACGUUAAUGAAGAUACAUAUUGCACCAUACCAGAACAAUCCUAUUUAGAGUUAAUUUCUGAAGGUCCAUAUAAAAACAGUGAUUCAAGAACAGGAAGGUCAGCUAGAAUCCAUGAUAGUGAGGUAUAUGCAGAACCUUCAUGAAAAGAACUCCUCAGCCUGUUGAUAAUCCUGAAACUAAGCAACCUUAUUUACAACUAAUCAAACAUAUGAAGAUAAAAUUUCAAUAUUUAGCA